CAUUACUCUUCACCUAGCAAAAUCUACCCAAAGUGGAACUUCUUGUUUGUUUUGAAAAAGUAAGGUAUAUUAUUACUCUUCUCUCACUACUCCUCCAUGAUGCACCAUGGAACUGAUUUUCUCCUCCAAAUCACUUUCACAAAGUUCCUUUAUUACGGGUUUAUUUCUGGGAUGUUCUGUGAACAACAUGUCUAAACUUGCCCCUCUUGAAGAGGCCCUUUUGAAUGGUGAAUCUAGUGUAACCAGCAAUUCUAAUCCCAAUAAGACCAGAGGAAAUGAAAAUUUAACCCGUUAUUCAAAUGCUGGAUUUUUCAGCAUUCUUACUUUCUCAUGGAUGAGUCCACUAAUAACUCUAGGCAAUAAAAAGACUUUAGACCAUGAGGACCUCCCACUACUUGCUAGCAGUGACAGUGCCUAUGGGGCUUUUCCAGCUUUUAGAAACAAGCUUGAGUCAGAGUGUGGCAGUGUUAGGAGAGUGACUACUCUUAAGCUGGUGAAGGUGUUAAUAGUCUCAACAUGGAAAGGGAUCCUUUUAUCAGGUUUGUUUGCAUUCACAUACGCAUGUGCUUCUUAUGUUGGACCCUAUCUUAUUGACUUCCUUGUUCAAUACCUCAAUGGGGAGGAAAAGUUUAAAAAUGAAGGUUAUGUUUUGGUUACUGCCUUUAUUGCUGCAAAGCUUGUGCAGUGCCUUUCACAAAGGCACUGGAUGUUUAAGUUCCAGCAGGUUGGAGUAAGGACGCAAUCGAUGCUGGUGGCAAUGAUCUAUGCUAAAGGUUUGACCCUUUCAUGUCAAUCAAAGGAGGGUCACAGCAGUGGGGAAACCAUCAACUUAAUGACUGUUGAUGCUGCAAGGAUUGGUGAAUUUUGUUGGUACAUGCAUGAUCCAUGGAUGGCUGUUUUGCAAGUUGCAUUGGCCUUGUUAAUUCUCUAUAGAAAUGUAGGGAUCGCUUCUAUAGCUGCUUUUGCUGCCACUGUAAUUGUGAUGUUGCUAAACCUUCCUGUGGCAUCGUUGCAAGAAAAGUUGCAAGGUAAGGUAAUGGAGUUCAAAGAUAAAAGAAUGAAGGCGACUUCUGAGAUUCUAACGAAUAUGAGGAUUCUAAAACUGCAAGCAUGGGAGAUGAAGUUCUUAUCAAAGAUCAUUCAUCUUAGGAAGACUGAAGAGAUUUGGCUCAAGAAAUUUCUAGUUGGUUCAGCAAUUAUUAGAUUUCUCUUCUUUAAUGCCCCAACUUUUAUUGCUGUGGUUACUUUUGGUACUUGUGUUAUUAUAGGAAUUCCACUUGAAUCAGGGAAGAUCUUAUCUGCACUUGCAACAUUCCGAAUUCUUCAAAUGCCCAUCUACAGUCUUCCUGACACAAUUUCAAUGAUUGCACAAACUAAGGUUUCCCUUGAUAGGAUCGUAUCAUUUCUUCGUCUAGAUGACUUGCAGACUGAUGUAGUGGAGAAGCUUCCACGGGGUAAUUCUGAUAAAGCAAUUGAAUUAGUAGAUGGAAAUUUCUCUUGGGAAUCUUCUUCCCUUAAUACAACAUUGAAAAACAUAAAUCUCACAGUUUUUCAUGGUAUGAGGGUUGCUGUUUGUGGUACUGUUGGAUCAGGCAAGUCUAGUUUACUUUCUUGUAUACUGGGGGAAGUGCCAAAGCUAUCUGGGACCCUGAAGGUGUGCGGAACAAAGGCUUAUGUUGCUCAAUCACCAUGGAUACAGAGUGGCAAGAUAGAAGAGAACAUAUUAUUUGGUAAAGAGAUGGACAGGGAAAAGUAUGAGAAGGUGCUAGAAGCAUGUUCAUUGACAAAAGACUUGGAGCUUCUACCAUUUGGUGACCAGACAAUUAUUGGAGAGAAGGGAAUCAAUUUGAGUGGUGGACAGAAGCAAAGAGUACAAAUAGCCCGUGCUCUUUACCAAGAUGCUGAUAUAUAUCUUUUUGACGAUCCCUUCAGUGCUGUGGAUGCUCAUACAGGAUCUCAUCUCUUCAAGGAGUGUUUGCUUGGCCUUUUGAAAACAAAAACUGUGAUAUACAUAACUCAUCAAGUAGAGUUCUUACCUGAUGCUGAUCUAAUAUUGGUUAUGAGAGAAGGAAGGAUAACUCAAUCAGGAAAAUACAAUGACAUUCUCAAGACAGGUACUGAUUUUAUGGAACUUGUAGGUGCACAUAGAGCUGCUUUGUCUUCAAUUAAGUCCUUAGAGAGAAGGUCCACAUUCAAAACAUUGAAUGUCACCAUGGAGGACGCAGAUUCAUUAAGUGAUUUUGAACUUGAGCAAAAUAUGGAAAACAUAGAUGAUCAAGAUGGUAAGUUAGAUGACACAGUUGAGCCAAAAGGCCAACUUGUUCAAGAAGAAGAGCGGGAAAAGGGUAGAGUUGGGUUUAAAGUCUACUGGAAAUACAUCACAACUGCUUAUGGAGGAGCUCUUGUACCCUUCAUUCUACUUUCACAGACACUCACCGUGGUUUUCCAGAUUGGAAGCAAUUACUGGAUGGCUUUGGCAACUCCUGUUUCGGCAACUGUGGAACCUGAUAUUGGAAGCUUUACACUUAUGGUUGUCUAUGUUGCUUUGGCGAUUGGAAGUUCAUUUGGCACCCUUGGCAGAGCAUUUCUUUCUGUGAUAGCUGGAUACAAGACAGCCACUAUGCUCUUCAAUAAAAUGCACUUGUGCUUUUUUCGAGCACCAAUGUCAUUUUUUGAUGCCACCCCAAGUGGGCGAAUUCUUAAUAGAGCUUCAACAGACCAAAGUGCAUUAGAUAUGACCAUUCCUAAUCUAGUAUGGGGAAUCACCUUCAAUCUGAUUCAGCUCAUGGGAAAUAUUGCUGUGAUGUCUCAAGCUGCAUGGCAGGUGUUUAUAGUAUUGAUUCCUGUCAUGGCAGCUUGCAUAUGGUACCAGCGAUACUACUCUGCGUCAGCACGGGAACUGGCACGAUUAGUUGGUAUAUGCCAAGCUCCAGUUAUACAACAUUUUUCUGAAACGAUUUCUGGAUCAACAACCAUAAGAAGUUUUGAACAAGAAUCAAGAUUCAAUGACAUGAAUAUGAAAUUGAUAGACAGAUAUUCCCAACCCAAAUUAUACAAUGCUUGUGCAAUGGAAUGGCUGAAUUUCAGAUUGGAUAUUUUAUCCACUAUCACAUUUGCCUUCUGUUUGGUUUUCUUGAUAUCUUUUCCAAAUUCAAUUACUGUUCCUGGUAUUGCGGGAUUGGCUGUGACAUAUGGGCUUAAUCUGAACGCUAUACAAUUUAAUUUAAUCUGGUAUCUUUGCAAUUUGGAGAACAAAAUUAUAUCUGUAGAAAGAAUACUUCAGUACACCUCCAUCCCAAAUGAAGCUCCUCUCGUAAUUAAAGAAAACCAGCCAGAUCUUUCUUGGCCAUCAUUUGGAGAGGUUCAUAUCCAGGAUUUACAGGUUCGGUAUGCUCCUCACUUGCCGCUUGUUUUACGUGGUCUUACUUGCACUUUCACCGCUGGAGCAAAAACUGGCAUUGUGGGAAGAACUGGAAGUGGAAAAACAACUCUAGUGCAAACACUUUUCCGACUUGUUGAACCUGUUGCUGGACACAUAUUGAUAGACAAAAUUAACAUCUCUUUGAUUGGAAUUCAUGAUUUACGUUCCAGACUAAGCAUUAUCCCCCAGGAUCCAACAAUGUUCGAAGGGACCGUAAGAAGCAACUUGGACCCACUGGAAGAGUACACAGAUGAACAGAUUUGGGAGGCUCUAGAUAUGUGCCAACUUGGAGAUGAAGUAAGGAAGAAAGAAGAGAAGCUUGACUCCAUAGUUACUGAGAAUGGAGAAAAUUGGAGUAUGGGUCAAAGGCAAUUGGUGUGCCUUGGUCGAGUUCUACUUAAGAAAAGUAAGAUCUUGGUGCUUGAUGAAGCUACUGCAUCAGUUGAUACAGCCACAGAUAAUAUUAUUCAGCAAACAGUUAAGCAACAUUUUUCAGAAUGCACAGUCAUUACCAUUGCUCAUAGAAUAACUUCAAUCAUUGAUAGUGAUAUGGUUCUGUUUCUAAAUCAAGGGCUUAUCGAGGAAUAUGAUUCACCAAAGAAACUGCUUAAGAAUAAAUCUUCUUCUCUUGCUCAACUAGUUGCAGAAUACACAAGGAGAUCAAACUCUGGUUUUGGAAAAUAAGCUGAAACUGAAUUGUAUGAAUUAUAUAGAUUUGGUGACUUACCUUACUGGUAAUAUGCAGAGAUUUCAGUUACACUUUAUUUUAGCCUUACGGAGACUUAGGUCAAAUUAGAACAUAUGUCAAAUUAUUUUUACUUUGGUAUAUUGUUGUUAGAGUUAUAAACAAUACUUCUCUUCAUUAAAAAAUAUAUCUUGUUGUAAAGAACCUUGAGAUA